CAGGAUGGCUGGACAUGGGUUUGAAUCGUCAUCUGCCCGAAUGCGAGUCCAGUGUACUGAACACUGCACCAUCUCAUUCUGUCUUCUAUUGAGGAGUCAGGGAGUAGAGUGUUAAUCUAGGAGAUGACAGUGAAACCACAUGUUCCACUAAUCAAAUUCCGCAAAGGGGGUAAGGUUCAAGAGACCAGCACAAUGCUUUCACCAGCCCAAGGGCCAACCCCCGCUGCAUCUAAAGGAAAGGUACAAGCAAGACCUGUUAUUGAAGAUUAUCAGCUGCCUGCAAAGUACCGGAGGAGGCCAAUUGAUGAGAAAGAAAUUGAAUAUAUCAAUAGAGGUGGUCCUGAGUGAGGUUUGGGCUUACAAAAAACAGCAGAAUCACCAGUAUUUCAUCAAGGAUGUGAAAUAGUGAAUUAGUUGUAUCCUGUACGUAUUGUAUAUAACAAUAUCAAAUAAUAUUUUUCCUCUCUUCAUAUGAUGCAUCAUCUGUUGAAAUAAGAUUGUGGGUAUUGACUAGGAAACAUGCCAUUGUUGAUGAGACCAAUAUAAGUAGGCAGUGAUGAGGCAAGUGUUGAAUUUGGGAACCUGUUGGUUACAGUAUCAUUGCAGGCAGCUGUUUUUCAGUUAACACGUGUCCUUUUGCCGUUUCCUACUUGCCCUCAUAUACACGUUUGGUCAUGGUAAAAACACAGGCCAAAAGGUAACUGGAAUACUGGGGAGAAAUGUUCUUGCCAGAGAGAUUCCCCUGCUCUCCAUUUCUCUGCAUUCGAUGUUAUCAAUAUUUUGAGUGGUACAGUGUACACUGUUUUAAUUCCACAAUAAAUAAUCAGACUGACUCUUCCACAAA